CGCCUGGCCCGGGGCUGCUGGUCCGCGUUCUGGGACUACGAGACGCCCAAGGUGAUCGUGGUGAAGAACCGGCGCCUGGGCGUCGUGUACCGCGCCGUGCAGCUGCUCAUCCUGCUCUACUUCGUGUGGUACGUGUUCAUCGUGCAGAAGAGCUAUCAGGACAGCGAGACGGGCCCCGAAAGCUCCGUCAUCACCAAGGUCAAGGGCGUCACCUCGUCCGAGCACAAAGUGUGGGACGUGGAGGAGUACGUGAAGCCCCCCGAGGGGGGCAGCGUGUUCAGCAUCAUCACCAAGAUCGAGGUCACCCCCUUGCAGACGCUCGGAACCUGCCCGGAGAGUAUGAGGGUCACCAACGCCACCUGCGACUCGGACGAAGACUGCGUGGCCGGGCAGCUGGACAUGCUAGGAAAUGGCCUGCGGACCGGGCGCUGCGUCCCCUACUACCACGGGGCCUCCCAGACCUGCGAGGUGUCCGGCUGGUGUCCGGUGGAAGACGGGGCUUCUGUCAGCCAAUUUCUCGGUAAGAUGGCCCCAAAUUUCACCAUUCUCAUCAAGAACAGCAUCCAUUACCCCAAAUUCCAGUUCUCCAAGGGCAACAUUGAGAACCGGAAGGAUGGCUACCUGAAACGCUGCACAUUCCACGAGGUCUCAGAUCUCUACUGCCCCAUUUUCAAGCUGGGCUUCAUUGUGGAGCAGGCAGGGGAAAACUUUACAGAGCUGGCACACACGGGUGGUGUCAUCGGGGUCAUUAUCAACUGGGACUGUGACCUGGACCUGUCAGCGUCGAAGUGCAACCCCAAGUACUCCUUCCGGAGGCUCGACCCCAAGCAUAUCCCAGCUUCAUCGGGCUACAACUUCAGGUUUGCCAAGUAUUACAAGGUAAAUGGCAGCACUGCCCGCACACUCAUCAAAGCCUACGGGAUCCGCAUUGACGUCAUCGUACACGGACAGGCAGGGAAGUUCAGCCUGAUUCCCACCAUCAUUAAUCUGGCCACAGCGCUGACCUCCAUUGGGGUGGGCUCCUUCCUGUGCGACUGGAUCUUGCUAACAUUCAUGAACAAAAACAAGGUCUACAGCCAUAAGAAAUUUGACAAGAUGGUGGACGCUCCUGAGCAGGGUGCAGGACAAGGGCUUUGUGCCUCCAAGCCUUCCCAACAGGACUCCGUGCUCACGGACCCCCGAGGUUUGGCCCAGCUCUGAGCCAACCCCCCUACCUUCCAUCAUGCUGCACUGAAGACCCAGGCCUGGUAGGCCCCUGAAGUCUGCAGCCCCACGAGAGUUAGCCCGUGGCUCAGACUCACACGGCAGACCCAGGGCCCUGCCUAUGCACCCCAACACUAAGUCUCCACGAAACUGGGACCCAAAGGACCCCCAGGCACCCAGGCAGUGGGCUGACAGGAAGA